CUAUGACAAAUGAUGUUGAUGUCAGGGUUGCCAGGAGCAUUCAAUAGAAAGUAGCGCGACCUCACAGAAAACGCGCACAUUAAAAUAAAAACCACCCAAUGUUUAUGAUUUUAAAUAAAUGCGCAACGCUUCUCCUACAUUAAUUCAUUAAAGGUACCUCAUUUAACAUAUAAAAUGUCCUUAGUGUUUAUAACACCCAACACAUACUAACAAAUUCAUACUUCAUUCAUCAUCCACAGGUCCACUCAUACCCUUAAAUCAUCAUUCUCACACGUUUUAAAAAAAAAAAAAAAAAAAAAAACAACAUCUAAACAUUGGAAAUAACAACAAGUAACCACUAGCAACAGAAAGAUAAAACAGGAAGAAUCAAGCAAGAAAAAGAAGUGUAACAAGCAAGUUAGAAGAAUAAUUAAUUUUACGAGUAAAAUAAAACAAAGUAUACACAGCAUUUACCUGGUAAAAGUGAUUCUGAUUUAAUAAAUUUCACACGUAAUUUAAAUAAAAUGACCAAAGAAUUAUUGUCUUCGAAUAAAUUUCUUGAAAGUGAUUUUAAAACUAAAAUAAAAAUUGUUUCGAACAAAAUGAGAGACUCAUCUCAAGAUUCAUUAGAAUUACCGUCGUAUGAAUAUGCUAAAACAUUAAUAGAAUUUCAACGUAACUUUCCUCAAAAAGGACAACUUGAAGAAUCAUUAACUGAACUUUUUGGAUAUAUUGAACGAAUCGAUGCAUUGCACAAACAUUAUAAGCUUUAUGAAAUACCGAAGUUGAUAGGUGGUGCAAAAAGUCCUUAUCAUGAAAGUACGAUAGAUGAUUUUUUACAAGUUCUCACUUCUCACGGAGCUGGUGGAACUCAAGAUAUUCUAGAUAAAAUAUAUCACAUUAUGGUACCAUCAGCAUCUGAUACAAUGCGCUUGGGUCUUUUUGAGCUUAUGGUUGAACAGAGAAAAGCAAGUCAUCCCAGAGACUUGUGUGGUCUUGAAAAUUCAUUUUUUCAACAAUUAAAUGAAAUAUACGAUAUUCUUUUUCACAUAGAAAUUAUGGCGUAUGUUGCAAUGGCUUAUUCCUAUAUUUUCUUAUCUCAUAAACAUGAGUCGCCAUUCAAAUCAGAAACUGAAAAAGUAGCAAUUGCAUUUGCUCGAAGAAAUAUACAAUAUUUAAGUUUAGUACAAUCGGCAAUGAGAAAUGCUUCGAGAGAAAUUUAUCAAUGUGAUCCACCAAAACAUAUUCGAAAUGAAACAUUUGUUGAGUUCAGUCAUCUUUUUCAAAAAAUUUUUGUUAAUGAAAUUCAAGUAUUACCAUCUGAAACAUGCUCAAUAAGUUGCAAAGAAAUUAAUUCUAAUAAAAUUUUCCGGUGUUAUUCUUGGAAAUCUUUAUCGAAACUAAAUACUUAUUGUCCGAAAAGAUAUUGUCGUGGUAUAAUGCGCGAUUGUUCAUGGGUUGGAUCAUCAACACUUUGCGAAUUUCCAAGUGAAUUCCCAAGACGCUAUCAGUGGAUUGACAGCGCAAACGGACAAUAUGCACCGCGAGAAAAAUGUCAAGGAAAAGAAAUAAGGGUCGACCAUUCAAUGAGUGGUCUUUACCGUUGUUCUAAUUGUCUAUGUCAAUGUGUAGAAGAACGCGUAAAUUCAACUUCUCUUCGCGCAUUAAGCUUAAGACCUCAAUUUUCCGAUAUUUCAAAAAACAUGGUAGUGACAGGCGUCAGGUUUGUUUUGAAAAAUAGAAUGAUUCAUAUUCAAAUACAACAAGGACAGCUUAUAAAAGACGGUGAAAUUAAUAGCACAACCACUGAAUGGGUAGAACUUGAAAAUUUCAAAUACGUUGAUAGUGAAAAUGCGUUUUAUAAAUUAGAUCAAAGUGGUCCAUUACUUAUGGAAGAAGGCAUAGAUUAUUCGUUCAUCGGUUCAAAACAAAACAUAUUAUUUAUUGAUGACAUAAUAGGACCGUUAGAAACUCUUGUCACUGGAGUCAGGUUAAAUCAUUCAUUCCCACAAUGGCCUGGUGAAGUUAAUACCAGUCCAAUUCAAAUUGAAGUUUUUAUUUCACACUAUAUAUAUGAGGCUGGAAAACUUGAUUUAGAUUCGUUUCCAUCAAUGUGGGUAACGACUCAAAAUAUGCCCAAUCCGCCGAUUUGGUACAACCGAGAUAGAGCAGAGAUAAAACUGACGAUGCCAGAUGACCCCACAAAGUCCUUUGAUAAUUAUCCAAAUACGGAAAGUAAUCAAUAUAUUGAAUUUCGUGAAACAGAUAUUUGGAAAGAUGCCGGUCAAACAACAAUUCCUUUGUUUGAUAUUCAACCGGUUACAUCAUCAGUCAGGCCUUUAGAUGGUAUUGGUCUUAUUCAUAGAAAUAGUAAUAAUAAUGGAGGUUUUAUUAGCUUGAAAAUAUUCACAGUUAAUUGUACUCUGCAUAUCAGAGUUAUAGAUAAAUCCGACACUCAGUAUCACAAGAGUGCUUUUAAUCAUUAUCUUAAUAAUGCAUUAAAAUUUUAUGAAACAUACAAUUGAAUUUUAAAAAAUAUUAUACAUAACAAAGGAUAUUUGAAAUUAACUCUUAAUAAAUUUAUAAAAAGAAAA